AUGAUCAACUGUAAUAUGAUUAUUACUGCAAAGUCCAUUCAUACCUUUCGGACCUGCGAAUUCCUGGAUUGGGAUUUUGUGAAUGAUUACUUUAUGCCAGGGUUUAUCGAUUUGUAUUCUUUCGGCAUUAAGGAUUUUAUCCCAGAUCGUUUUCUUUUCGGUCAGGAAUUGUGUAUUGAACAGAUUAUUAGUAAUUAA